UACCAUUUGUUAUUACUAUUCUUGUUUCUUGGGCCUCCCUUCUUCUUUGCUUUCUUGCUGGCUAGCUUCUGUCUAGUCUUGUGCAUGUCCACCUCCUACUCCAGCUUCUUGGCACCAGUAAUGGAUUAUCCUGCAAACCCUAACCCUAAUCCUCCUCUUCCUCCUCAUCAGCAUCAGUAUUUUCACCAGAAUAUCCUUGAUCCUUUUCCGGCUGAGUUUCAGUUAUCGGAUUAUCUCAUGCUUGAUGCUGAUAUUAUUGAUGGGUUUGCUGAUGAUUCCACCACGUCUGAGCAUAGUAUGGUCUCAUCGGAGCAGUUUGUUAGUGUUGGAAGUGGUGGUGGUAGUGGUGGUGGUGGCGGUGGUGGUGUAACAUCAAGAAAUGCUAGCAGCAAUAAAUGCAAAAAGGAAGUCAAGAAAGACAAGGCUGAAGUGGCACAUAGGGUUGCAUUUAGAACCAAAUCGGAUUUGGAGAUCAUGGAUGAUGGAUUUAAGUGGAGGAAGUACGGCAAGAAAUCAGUCAAGAACAGCCCUAAUCCGAGGAACUACUAUAAAUGUUCAACUGGUGGAUGCAAUGUAAAGAAAAGAGUAGAAAGGGACAGAGAAGACUCAAGAUAUGUGAUAACAACUUAUGAUGGUGUCCACAACCAUGAAAGCCCUUGUGUGGUGUACUACAAUCAGAUGCCUCUCAUGGUCCCAGAUGGCUGGACUUUGCAAGCUUCUUCUUCUUCUCCUCAUCACUCUUCUUCCUCUUCAUAAGCUUUAUUUCUAUUUACACUUUCCCUCUUUAGUCAUCAUCACCAUCAUCAUGUUAAUUAGUUCUCCCUUGUUAUACCAUCAGAACUCUGCUUGCUUAAUGUAAUUUUAUAUGAGCUUACAUCAUUUUGAUCUAUGGUAUACUGAUGACUACUAUUACUAUUA